UUUCUCUGUUCUUUUCGCCCGCGAAACGUUCUUCUUUUCCUUGAAACGCUUACCAGAAUGGGGCAAAAAGCUAGACGAAGCCGUAUAUCUCUAGUCUUGCUGUCGUGUCGCGCGCUGAGGGUUAUUUGAGCGCCAGAGCUUGUCUGGGUCAAACCCGGGCUUUCUGGCAUCGCGAGGCAAUUGUUUCAAAGGAAAAAGAAUGCGUCAUUGUCAUACAAGAUGGAACUGUGCUGAUCGUCUGGAACGUUCGUUUUAGUGCCAUUUUCAGAGUUGCCAUUUUUAAGUUAGAACUCGGGCUCGCCUCUCGUCAAAUUCGGUGACGAGACCUUGCUAUUGGCCAUCACCAGCACCGUCUAUCUCCGUUGAGAAAAGGGACAGCUGUCCCUAUAGGAAUGUCGGCAUCUACGAGUCGGACACGCUUCUGCAUUCUUCCAGAUUUUUUGUCUCAGAGAUAUACACCUCAUCCUCAAGUUCAUGCCUCUCGCGUGGAACUGGGAAACGCGGGCUGCUCGGUCAGCCGACGCCGUUCAGUCCUUGAUUCCGAGACAGACAACGCGACCUCGUUCGUUCUCAGCAUUCAGCUCUCUCGGAGAGUCAUACCUCUGACUUGUUAACGCUCGUUUUGAACUGUGUCUACUUUGGUUUAUUGUCGCACUCUGUUUUGCUGCCUUUUCUCGCUUACCGCAGUGUCUGCAUCAAUGCCAGGGAGCCGUUUCUCAUCGUGCUUCGUCGUAUCUUACGUAGUGGGUGGUUCCUGGGAACGAGUGAGUGCAGAGAGAGGCGCGCACAAUGGACUAUGGCUUCCACCCUGUUUGGAGCGCAAACAAAAUAAAGCACAAGGACACGGAGACGCUCUCCCCGUUGCAUAGGAUAGGUACCGGCCGGGUGCGGACAGCCUGAGUGUCGGCGGUUUAUCUUCUUUCCAGGAGAGGCAUUUUCUUACCACCUACACACGAACCUUUCUCCGUCUCGUUCUUGGCCGUGACUCGACGAGACAAUCAAACUAUCGUAUGCCAGUGCCCUUCAGCAUUCUGGGCAUGCCGUGAACACGUCUUUUCGAUACCGUUUCUCGUCGCUUCAUCGGCUCUUUGGAUCUUAGCCCCGCAUUCGCCAACAUUUUGUCUACGAGUGGACUUAUUCCUGUUCAUUCGCCCCCCCCCCCAGCACGCAAGUACAUCUACCUUGCCCGACACCCUGGUUCCCUGCAGGGCGUGAUCCUGCUUCUCACUUCUGGAUUCGCCGGAGGUAACUGGGAGAAGCAGCGCACUGUCCUUUAAUGGGUACCGUGGAGCUCGGGCACAACCACGCAUCGAACCUUCAAUCGCGUUUUCACAAGCGCUCUGGCAGACGGACACAAAAGACGCUUUAGACCGCCGGAAGCGGCCACACAGGGCUCUGGAUGUCGAGCAUUCUUUCCGCGUUUUGGGUUAUGUAAGCAGGCCGCUCCUUCCUCCUCAUUCAAAAUAAAGGUUCGGCUUUCGACGGAAGGGGAGAGGCAGCAUCCUUCCGGGGCGUUGCGUGGGUGCACUCUGAAGUGUGAAGAGGGCACAAGUAGGAAUCGCUGGCGUCAAGACCGUGUCUCUGAUAUGGCCCAAAAUGGAUGCAGAUAAUUUCAGGAAGCUCACAGCGAUCCUCGAUGUCUUGGAUCGCUACAGAAAGUCUUUGACGGCGGCUUCCUACCAGAGCUUCGCUGUGGAUAAGUCCCGUGGCAGACGGUUCUCGCGUUCGCCGAGUGUCCCGCGUUCCAGCUAUGCGGGCAGGUUGCCAUCUCACUCACUUUUUGUGAGAAACAGUACCGUUCUGAAGCACCAUGGUGACUCUAGGCAAAUGGAGGACUGGCCAGCGACGCCAGUCUCCACCAUUCAACGGAAAAUAACAAUGCGGCGUGCAAAGACCUUGCAUGUGCGUCGGCAACCUCCUGUGCGGGCUUCCUGCCCUGAGCUUCCAGAGCUUCAGAAGCUUCAAGCCGACGUCAGCGAGUUGGAUUUGCGCCUUCAGAAAAUGAUAACAAGCCGUGGGAUGGAAAAAUGUUUCGACGAGGCGGUCGCACCUGAGGACGAAGCGAAAAGACAAGAGACGUUUGAGGCAGAGGCAGUUCGAAAAUGGUCUUCACUGAGUGACGGCGAUGUGUUCAUGGACCUGGACGACUCAGAUGACGACUCUCUUCGACCGGAUGUUGUCUUCAGUGAUUCCGUUGGAUCCGUCGACUUGAAGAGUCUAGCGGAAAUGGAGUUCGAGGAAGUCGACUUGAACCACAUCACGCCCAAGGUCCUUGGGCAGCUCUUCGACCGCGUUUUGGACUGUCUUCAACUCGAUUUCAGAGAUCUCAUUGAUAAGCUGAAAACCCAGAAUGGGCAUCUGAAACAGGACCUCAUCUCGAUGAAGAAGAAACUCCAAGAUGCGGUUCGCACGAAUGACGAGCAGGUUCAAGAGUUGAAAGAUAUGACGGAACGGGUGGCGGACCUGGGGGCGGAGACACGAGAGCUCACGAGACAGCUCCGAUUGAUGGAGUCACAACUCAAGAAAUAUGCGGAGCAAGACCGAGAGAUGCAGGCAAUGAUCCGCGAGAAGCUGGCCUGGGAGGCGGAGCGACAGCAACUCAGCGCACAAAUUCAAAAGUUGACAGAAGAACUGGGAACUCGCGACGAGGGCCAGCGAGUUGUACAGCUUCUGGGCGACUUGGACCGCGUCGAGGCACUCAAUCAGGAGAGAGAAGAGCAGCUGAAGACGUUGACAAAGAACUUGGAGGCGAAGGACCGGGAGAUCGAGUCUCUCACGUUCGACUUGAUGAAGCAGACGACUAUGGCGGCUCCUCGUCGAGACACACGCAGCAGCAUUUUGUCUCCGCGAGUCUCUCUCGAGUUCCUCGCGGGUUCGCUUCCUCGAAGGUCCACUGUUGCUCGUCGCCAUGUUCAAUCCAGGAGCUCUCUGCCGCUGGCGGGUGCGUCAUUAGCUGGAGAGCUGCAGCUAGCUACUCAAGAAGCCGAAGAGAAACCUGCAGUCACCGUUGAAGAACACGCCCAACGACUGGAGGAUGCGCACCGCAAGUUGGAACAAGCUCUGUCGGAUUUGCAUGAGGCGACUCGAGUGAACGACGCGCUUCGGAAGUCGGUCAGCCGCCUUCAACGAGAACUGGAUGAGAAGAUCAAAAACGUGAAGGACCUCGCGAAAGAAGUUGAGAACAAGGAUGAACAGCUUCACAGCGCAGAGGAGAAGCUGCGAGAUCAGAGUUUACGCCUAGAUGCCAGCUGCCUCAAACUCUCUGAGGCCGAAGAGACAAAUCGAAUCAGAGAGGCGGAGUUGGAAAGGCUUCGCGCAGAUCUCGCCGUAGCUCGGGGUGAACUCGACGUCCUUCUCAAGCAGGGCGAGGGAGACACGAGUACAAACCAGACACUGGUGGAGCAGGUGAACCACCAGGUUGAACAGAUCCAGAAGCUGGAGAAGGAAGUUGUCGACUUGCGCGAAGAGUUGAACGCGAGUCGAGGCAAAAAUGUAUUUUUAAGCGAGGAAACAGAAAGACUCAAGAAGCUGUUGGAAGAAGAAACAGGAAAAGCUGGAGAGGGCGACCUUGCUUGGCGUGAACGACUCGCAGAAGUGGAGGCAGAGCUGGAGGCAGAACGCCUGCGAGCACUCCGCACUGAAGAGUUGGAGCGGCAAGUGAAGGACCUGGAGGAAGACCUGCGCGUGCUGCGGCACAUGGAAGCUGAGAUGGAGGCGAAUUUGAAGCAAGAAAUUGAGAUUCUCAAUGCACACAUGGACGAGCAAAAGGCGACGUUUUCUCGGGCGGAAAAAGAGUUGCAGGAUCAGCGCGACGCAGCCGAAAACGAGAAGGCAGACCUCGCCACUCGGCUCGCGCGCGUUAACGAAGAGCUGGAGCGGCUCCACAGGGCAGAAAGUCUGGCGCUCGCUCUCCAGGCCGAGCGCGACGCGUUCGCCAGAGAAUCUCGGUCUCAAGAGGAGGCUCAAAAAGUCCGCGAACUCCUCGAAAAGCACGCUGCAGAUCUGUCGGAGGUCCGGGAGUCGAUAGCGGAGCUGCGUCGGACGAAGGAGUGUCUGGAGACUGAACAGAGUGAGUUGGAACGGCGAGUCACCGCGUUUACGCAAGAGAUGGCAGAAGUCCAGGCUCUGUACCAAGACAUGCACAGCAAACUGAGCGCCGCGCUUCAAAGCAAGGAAGAGGGACGAGCGCGACUUCUCGCUGCAUGCGAACACAUGGAGAAGGGCGUGGAUGCGAAGCUGGAGCAGAUGCGGAGAGAGCUGCGGGAGGAGUCGGAGAAAGAACUGGAGCGCAGGCGGCUUGUGGGGCUCGCCAGCAGCUUGCAGGAUAGUGUUCAUCGGCUGGAGCGGGAUAACGCCGCAUUGCAUGCGAAGCUGCAGGCGGCCGAGCGAGUCCGAGACGAGUCUCCUGAAAGUCAGAAACGCCUUGAAGCUCUCGAAGCAGAGAACCAGGCCUUCUCCCGCCAACUCGCUGAUCUGCGAUGUGUAAAGGAGGAGAACGACAGACUUCUGCGCCAAGUCGAGGACCUCAGGGGGCGGAACGCGGAUCUCGAGGUGCUCGUUGCGACCACGAAAGGCGCAGCCAGUCCGGAGGUCGAACGCUUCCAGCAGAGCUGCCGUCGCUUGGCUGCGCAACUCAAAGUGUUGGAGGAAGAAGCAGCCUUGAAGGCGCGGCAAGCAAAUGCAGAGAAAGACUCGCUCCAAGACCGAUGCAGACACCUCGAAACCGAGUUGCAAAGCGCCUCGGAAAAGCUGCGUGCCGCGGAACAAGCAACGGAAGACUGGCACGGAAAGUACGAGAUGUCCACGAUGGAGAACGAAAAAAUGAAGAACAAGCUCGCACUCUUGACAGAGCACCAAGGCCGUUUCAUGGAGGAUGCUGCGGAACACCAAAAACUGUCUUCUCUCAUGGAGAAGUUGUCUAGAGAGCUUCUCCAGAUCCGCGGAGAUGUAGCCAAGAUCAAAGAUCUCGGAACGCGAAUCCAGGAUGCACCUUCCACAACUGUGUUCAACGUCGGGUAUCCGGAGAACGUCAUUCCCAUGGUCAGCGUCCACGGGGACCAAAACAAGGAGCAAACUGUCAACAUAUCAGGCAUGUACGACCUGCGCAUGGCGGCAGGCCAGUACGCAAGUUUUUCAUCGACCGCAAGCAGCCGCGCAGCCACUCCGCUACGCAGAAACUGCGCUUCCUCUCUGUUGGCCAGUAUUCGCGAUGGCAUUUCCAACAGCAACUGCUGCUCGGCUGACGUGGAAAGUCGAAUGACAUCUGCGAUAGACAGCGGGGGAAUGACCUACUUCUUUCCUCCGCCUACUCGCCGUCCGCCGGCGACCUGUCCAUCACCCAUGGGCAGUUCGGUUUGGGACAAACAAGUGUCCAAACCGUCGACAAUCUUACGAUUCAGGACCGGCACUGAGGCGCCAGCAUUGGAUUCUUUCUCCUCCAAAUCCACGAGUAGCGACACGCGCUCGGAGUUUCAUCCUGUCACGCCAGGUGUUCGGUGGUAACCUGCACUUUACAGGGGCGCGGAAUCUGUCGCGUUACCGCUUCAGUUUAUGCUUGCUCGUUCCCGUGCAACACACAUAGAGCAGUCGCGCUCUCUGUGAACAUGUCAGUUCGAGGGUUCCAGCAGCAACUUUACAAUGGCUUUUUGUUUUCAGAGUCUUUGCUGGAGAUAUGGAAAUGCACAAUCUUCACUUCCGAACGAGUGCUCUGUCAAGAGGAUAAGAGUUGCCUUGUAUUUGUGCGCGUCGCGUGAAGCGCGGACCGUGCGUCUUCCCUAACGCCUAUUGAUGACAUCGCAAGGGUUGUUUUUUCAACGGUUGCGUUCUGUCAAAUUUUGGGAUCGGCACGAUUCAUCUGGAGCGUCUUCAUUUCAAACGCAACUCGUUUUCCAGAGCCGCAGUGCUUUUGGAAUGUGAGGUGACGAAGUCGGCGACGAAUGUGCCGACCGUAAUUCAUUGAACCUGGAAGCUGCACUCAGAGUGAUGACCGUCCUCGAAAUGUGAUGCAUUUUCCUAGGUAAAGGUUGCAGUUCCUCUUUGCCAAAGCAUCUCGAUUUAAGGGGUUGUUGAGCCUGUACCCUGAUAACAUGGCAAACAACAGAAGUUCAAAAAGGGAUGGGACUGUGGGGACGGAGCUAGCCUUCCAGAAUGGGAAAUUUCACUUUGUGGUGGUAAUUCUACGUUUCUUCAGCAGCGCGAUAUCUGACUGUGUCGUAUUUGUGUCCACCAGUGCGAUUGGUCUGGUGGGGUUCAUGUUUAGCAGGGAUGUCAUGUUUUUAAGCUACCUCUUCGCUUGCUUUGUUCUGUACUGACAUCGUUUUUUAAACGUUACCAAAAGUCCCACUCGAAACUCAACAAUGAGGCGAUUGGGAACCCAUUAUUCCUAAAAGCUGUAACCGAUG